AUGGCAAUGGCAUUGGCACUGGCAACAAUGACAACCACAAGUGAGACAAUAUUAACGGAUAUGGAGGAGCUUGCCACAGCAGCAGCAGCAACAGGGGCUACAACAGCGGCAACAACGGCAACAACAGCAGCGACAGCAGCUGUGGUAGCAAUGGCAGCAGCAGCAGCAAGAACCACCAACAUAUCGUCCUUAUCAUCAUCAUCAUCAUCCUCAUCAUCAUUAGCGACAAGUACAUCAGCCUCCUACAACAACAGCAGCAAUUUAACCAAUUUUUACGAUUUGGAUUUCACUUCCUCCUCGUCCUCGUCUUCGGCCUCCUCUUCAUCAUCGUCAUCAUCUAUUGCCUCCUCCUCCUCCUCCCUGGCACCCUCAUUGGCUGAAAAUGAUGAUGUGGUUAAUAUGACCUUUCUUAUUGGACAUAUUGUGCAACAAUAUUAUAUACCCAUAUUAUGUUUCACUGGCACAAUUGGCAACUUGUUGUCCGUAUUUGUCUUCUUCAAGACAAAGCUACGCAAACUAUCAUCGAGUUUCUAUUUGGCCGCAUUGGCUGUAAGCGAUACUUGCUUUUUGUUGGGCCUAUUGGUUCAGUGGUUGAAUUUCCUAAACAUCAAUAUCUACAAUCUGGACUACUUUUGUCAAUUCUUUACAUUCUUAAGCUAUUUGGCUAGCUUCUGUUCGGUUUGGUUUGUUGUCGCCUUCACCGUGGAACGAUUCAUUGCGGUCAUCUAUCCGUUGAAGCGUCAAACUAUGUGCACUGUGCGUAGGGCCAAAAUGGUAUUGGCCGGUCUCACAUUGGGCGGAUUUUUGCAUGGUCUGCCCUAUAUAGUGAUUGCCAAGCCUGUCUAUGUUGAGAAGCUGAAUAAUACAAUUUGCGAUCUGAAUACGGAAUACGAGGAACUGCAAAAACUCUUUAACUAUUGGGAUUCGAUUGUUGUCUAUGCCGUGCCCUUUACAACAAUAGCCGUGUUAAACACCUGUACCGGAUGCACAGUAUGGAAAUUUGCCACAGUGCGACGAACAUUGACAAUGCAUAAGAUGAGACCCCAACAACAAUCGUCGGCAGCAGCAACAGCAACAGUCCCAUCAUCGAAUUCAAGCAGUUCUGGUGUUAAUUCAUAUCGCAUUACAUCGUCAUUGAAACGACAAAAGUCAACUGGCACUCAUCCAAGUGGACAGCAUAGUGUUGCCUCAAGGCAGCAGCAGCAACAGCAGCAACAACAACAACAACAACAACAGGAAACUUCUCCACAAGCAUUAGAGAAACAACAGGAGCAUGAGCAAAAGCAACAACUUGAGCAACAUAUAAACAGUUGCCCUCAUCAUUGUGAGAUAGUACAGAAACCAGGACGUCGCAAGGUGACAAAUUCUUCGCAGCUUAAAGUUACCAAAAUGCUAUUGAUUGUCUCAACUGUAUUCGUUUUUCUCAAUUUACCAUCGUGUUUGCUACGCAUUCAAGUCUAUUGGGAGAGCAAAGCGGAACAAACUGAAAAUUUAACCGUCGCCCUGCAAUACGUUUUCCAUGCGUUAUUUGUCACCAAUUUUGGCAUCAAUUUUGUGCUUUACUGCGUAAGCGGACAAAAUUUUCGCAAAGCUGUUUUAAGCAUUUUCCGACGUGUCUCAUCGGCUCAACGGGAAGGCACCACCCAAGUGACAGUAUCGGAAUAUUCCCGCAACACAGGCACAUCGACCAGGCGACGCAUGAUGACCCAACAUUGCUGGAAUGAACUGCACGAGCUGCAUCCACUUAAAUGAACAACAAAAGUGACGGAGAAUCAUCCAUGAGCGAAUGCAAAAAUUUGUUGCAAAAUUAAGCAAAGAAAACUAACCCCCAGGAAUUUUUUUCUUCCGAAUUUUAAUUAGAUUUAAAAGAAUGCAAAAGAUACUAUAAGAUAAAAAGCAA